AAAGACAUUCAGGGCGUGGAAGUGAUUCUGGGUUUGAAUCGUGGUUCAUUAUUCCUGCAUAUCUGCAGAAAUCCGCAUUGUCCCUUUUCGGUCUGUCUGCUUCUUGCCGACCUCCUGGGAGUUUUCGGUUUCAAUACUGUACCGACAUCUGUUCAUUCCUUCGAACCACCUACUACUGGCCGGCUGCUCCGAGUAGCGCCAAUCGAUAAAGAUGCGACCUCGUCUUCAGAACUUCAACGCUUUACGGGCUCGAUCGUACCUAACAAGACUGCCGCUAUUCACUCGACUUAUCGUCCUCGCUAUCAUUGCUCUUUCAAUCGCAUCGCUGCAAUCUGUAUGGAACUUGCGAGAAUGGGGCGCUCUCAUUCCUGAAGAGAUCAGCAUUACAAACGCAUAUCGACUAUCGACAUUCCCAUUAAUACACCUCAACGUCAUCCAUGCGAUCCUUAACCUUCUGGCGCUUACCCCUCUAAUGGAGCGAUUCGAGACUGAGCACGGCACCCUGACAUCUCUUGCCCUAUUCUUUGGACCAUUGACAUCUAUACCCGCCGUUGCUUAUGUAUUGAUCGAGCGAUGCAUAUUCCGAGCAAACCAUGGGGUUCUAGGAGCCAGCAUGUGGGUGUUUACUCUGCUGGCAAUGGAGUCUAUUCAAACAUAUAAGAGCAACCCACAUUUUGUCAUUGGCUCCGUCAAUAUCCCAACAUGGACAACUCCUUUAAUCAUGAGUUUGGUUGUAGCCGCAUUGAUCCCUGGAACAAGUCUCUUGGGCCACCUUUGUGGCAUCGCCAUUGGAUAUGUUGCUGGCUUUGGCUAUGCCAAGCUACUUGCACCCCCAGAAUGGGGCCUUCGAUGGGUUGAGAACCGACUCAAUCUUCUUAAGAUUCUCCCGCACUAUGUUAGCAUUGACAAGACAACAUACGGCCGAUUCGGCGUACUGCCUACAACUAACCGUCCGGGCCCUAGUGGAAGUGCUGCAACAGAGCUUGUCGGCACGACCCAGCGCCUUGGGCCAUAGACGGGAAACAUGAUGCGUGGGCGCUCUUCCAUAAUUGAGCAGCAGCGCGAUGGUGCCUGCUGCAUACUCCUUUUCCGAUUUGUAAUAUAGAAGGUCAUAUUUCUCAAAGCAUUUCAUAUGUCAUGAUCAGGCGCAGCGAACAAUACAAACGGGGUGAAUGGGCAGAUGGGUUGUGGUGUAGCUACCUAUUUAUGCUGAAUCUUGUUACCAAUAAUUCUGGAUAUCGAUUCUAACGUUGAUGGACGAGAUGGAGGAGAGUUGGGAAUUG